UAAACGCUAUUGCCAAAAGAAGAAAAAAAAAAAUGUUAGAACAUCACUAAGGUCACCUUGAGAAGGUCGAAGAAUAGCAGCCAUUCGUCAGUCGCCGGUAUUAAUUAACUCAAAUCUCUUUAAAGGUUAAAAGUAUAUAACUCAAGUUGGAAUAAUUUAAUACGGUACACGCAAUUUCUCAUCAAUAUGGCAAUUAAGUCUAUCAAGGCUCGUCAGAUUUUUGAUUCUCGUGGAAACCCUACUGUAGAGGUAGACUUGGUUACCGACUUGGGUCUUUUCCGAGCAGCAGUUCCCUCUGGAGCUUCCACUGGAGUCCACGAGGCAUUGGAGUUAAGAGACAAUGUGAAGGGAGAAUACCAUGGCAAAGGCGUUCUAACUGCCAUUAAGAACAUCAACUCAAUCAUUGCACCAGAGCUAUUAAAGCAAAACUUUGAAGUAACUCAACAAAAAGAGAUUGAUGAAUUCAUGAUCAAAUUGGAUGGAACUGAAAACAAAUCAAAGUUUGGUGCUAAUGCCAUUCUUGGUGUUUCCUUAGCUGUUGCUAAGGCUGGAGCUGCCAAGAAGGGUGUGCCACUAUACAAGCAUAUUGCUGACUUAGCGGGAAACAAUGAUAUUGUCCUACCAGUCCCUGCCUUCAAUGUUAUCAAUGGCGGUUCACAUGCUGGGAACAAGCUGGCUAUGCAAGAGUUCAUGAUCUUUCCCACUGGUGCUACAUCAUUUAGUGAGGCAAUGAGAAUGGGUUCGGAAAUAUAUCAUCAUUUGAAGAAAAUUAUCAAAGAGAAGUUUGGUCUUGACUCUACUGCUGUUGGUGACGAGGGAGGCUUUGCACCUAACAUCCAGAACAAUAAGGAUGCUCUUUACCUCAUCCAAGAUGCAAUCCAGCAAGCCGGCUAUGCUGGCAAGAUUGAUAUUGGUAUGGAUGUGGCUGCAUCUGAGUUCUACAAAGAUGGUAUUUAUGACCUGGACUUCAAGAACCCCAAGUCUAACCCAGCUGAUCAUUUGUCCUCUGACAAGCUAGCUGAUGUUUAUUUGGACUUCAUUAAAGAUUUCCCCAUGGUCUCAAUUGAAGAUCCCUUUGACCAAGAUGAUUGGGCAGCAUGGAGCAAUUUCACUGCUCGUACUCCAAUCCAAAUUGUUGGAGAUGAUCUCACUGUUACAAACCCAAAACGUAUUACAACAGCUGUUGAGAAGAAGGCCUGCAAUUGUUUGCUGCUCAAGGUGAACCAAAUUGGAAGUGUAACAGAGUCCAUUGAUGCUCACUUGUUGGCUAAAAAGAAUGGCUGGGGAACCAUGGUUUCUCACAGAUCUGGUGAAACUGAAGACACAUUCAUUGCUGAUCUUGUAGUAGGAUUAUCUACAGGGCAGAUCAAAACUGGUGCACCUUGCAGGUCUGAGCGCCUUGCAAAAUACAACCAGAUACUACGCAUUGAAGAAGAACUGGGUGCAGCUGCAAAGUAUGCAGGCAAGAACUUCCGCAGACCUGUUUAAAGUGAACCGUAGACAUUUACAGUCAAUUUGAAAUUACUUAUAUAGUUUUUGUAGCACAAUAAUAAUGCUAUUAAUAAAGUAUAGUCAUAUUCUCAUUUAUACAGUUAUGUUGUUAUUGUUAAGUAUAUUGUAUUAUUAGACUUGCAUAUAGGCAAAGUGAGAACUAUAAUACUUGUCAAAAUUAUUUAAGAUCAUUGUGUAUGUAUGACGUGUUUAUUUAAGAAAAUGCUUUUAUCGUAAUAAAUGUUGCGCUCCUAAA